UCACGUAUUGUGUUUACGCGACUUUAGCUGACAUUUCGGAUGCUUUUGCUGUUUCAUUGCACUUAGCUGUCGCUGCUGAUGAUCAAAAUGUUGACAACCGAGGAUUUUACACACUUUCCUCUCCAGGCAUGGGAGAAAGUGAAGUCGAAGGUAAAGAGAGCUGUAGUUUUUAUGGAUGACAGUUGUGCAGAGACUCUUCACUGGAGUGGAGGGGCUGCUGCCUUCUUGGAGGCUGAAGCCAGAAACAUAAAGCAGUUUUCAAGCUUCGAAGCAUGCAGUGUGAACGAGCCCAAAGCUGUGUUCGUGGUGAGCACUUUGUUAAAGGGAAGAACAGUCGAUAUCAUCAGAGACAUCAUAUCUGUCAGCCACUUUCAGUACUGUGUUGUCUUCACCUCGGUCCCUCACUCUGCCCACCUGCUUGCCAACAAAGUCACGGCAGAAAUGGACGGAAACCCCGUCUUUGAGCAGUUUGAAGAGAAGCUCUGCGAGUGGAUGGGAAAUAUGAACUACACUGCAGAAGUUAUGUAUGCUCCUGUGCUCUUUGCUCCUAUAUCCCAGCAGCUUAUCGUCACACCAACACUUGCACACCUGUUUCCCCUACUCUCACCUGACCUGGUGACAAUCAAUGCAAAACUACCAGAGAAGAAGAGGUUUGCCAGCGUGAAUGAUGUGGACAUGCACUCCCUGCCUUUGGAGCUGCAGAUCCAAGUCAAGUCCUUAGUUUCAGCCUUAAAUUUGAUGUUUGAGGCCACAGGAACGAGAGAAGAGAGCUUUGCUGUGGGUCCAAUGAGCCGCAUCAUCACAGGGGAACUGGCCAAACACACCCAGGCAAAAAACAGAAAGAAGACUGCACCUAAUAAAGCAACCAUGAUAUUUGUAGACCGAACAAUGGAUCUUCCAGGUGCUGUUGGUCACCAUGGUGACAACCUGGUUGAAAAGGUUCUUACAGUGUUAAAGCUGUUACCUGGUCAUGUGACUGAUGUGCAGGUGGAUAUGUUGGAGCUCACAAGUCUGCAGCAAACCCCUCACUCCCAGAACAUCCUGGCCCCUGGCUGCCUUGCACAGACCCAAUCAUCCACGGCAAGAUCGCUGUGGGAGGUGAUGCUGACCAGUAAACACAAAGAAGCUGUGAUGGAAGUCCGUCGGCACCUGGUUGAGGCAGCCAGUAAAGAGAAGCUACCAGUCAAGAUGAGCAUGG